AGGAACACGAAUUGCUCCGAAGGGCUUAACAUUGUGCAAAAAAGAUGUUUCCUUUAAAAGACACUGAGAUGGGUGCCUCCACCUUCUUUGCCUCAGCUCUGCCACAUGAUGUUUGUGGAAGUAAUGGCCUUCCUUUGACACCUAACUCCAUCAAAAUUUUGGGGAGAUUUCAAAUUCUUAAAACAAUCACUCAUCCCAGGCUUUGCCAGUAUGUCGACAUUACCAGAGGUAAACAUGAGAGACUGGUUGUGGCAGCUGAACACUGUGAAAAGAGUCUGGAAGAUUUGCUACGAGAAGGAAAGCCAGUCAGUUCUUCAAGGAUCUUAUGCAUAGCAUAUGAGGUUUUGCAAGGUUUGCAAUAUAUGAACAAACAUGGAUUGGUCCACCGAGCCCUCUCCCCUUGCAAUAUUCUUUUGGAUCGAAAGGGACAUGUAAAGUUGGCUAAAUUUGGACUCUACCAUAUGACUGCUCAAGGUGUUGAUGUUGAUUUUCCAAUAGGGUAUCCAUCAUACCUGGCACCUGAAGUAAUUGCGCAGGGAAUAGUCAAACCAAGUGAUCAUACUCAGUGUGAGAAGCCUCUGCCUUCUGGCCCUAAAUCAGAUCUGUGGUCUCUUGGUAUAAUAUUAUUUGAGCUUUGCAUGGGGAGAAAAUUAUUCCAGAGUUUGGAGAUAGCAGAGAGAUUGAAGUUUAUAAUUAUGUUAGGCUGUGUAGAUGAUAUUGUAACUGUAUUGGCUGAAGAACAUGGUUGCCUUGAUAUUAUUAAGGACCUUUCUGAAAAUAUCACAGCUCUACUGAAGAAAUGCCUUACAUUCCAGCCUUCCAAGAGGCCAACUCCAGAGGAAUUGCUACAUGACAGUUUGUUCAGUGAAGUAUCCUCAAUAUAUCCUCCCUUCCACAAACCUGCUGGUCUGUUCUCAUCUUCUCCAAGGUGUGCUAAUUUAACACUGCCCGAAGACAUAAGUCAAUUAUGUAAAGAUGAAGAUAGUGAUUACCUAGCAGAAAGAUCAAUUGAAGAGGUUUAUUAUCUCUGGUGUUUGGCUGGAGGAGACUUGGAGAAAGAACUUGUCAACAAGGAAAUCAUUCGAUCAAAGCCACCUGUCUGCACGCUUCCCAACUUUUUAUUAGAAGAUGGUGAGAGCUUUGGGCAAGGACGAGAUAGAAGUUCCCUCCUAGAUGACACAACUGUGACUUUGUCUCUGUGCCAGCUCCGAAACAGACUGAAAGAUGUUGGUGGGGAAGCAUUUUAUCCAUUGCUCGAAGAUGACCAGUCAACUUUACCUCAUUCAAAUAGUAGUAAUGAGCUGUCUGCAGCCGCUAGUCUUCCUCUGAUCAUCCGGGAGAGGGACACAGAGUACCAGCUAAAUAGGAUCGUCCUGUUUGACAGGCUGUUGAAGGCCUACCCAUAUAAGAAAAACCAAAUUUGGAAAGAAGCCAGGGUUGACAUCCCUCCUCUUCUGAGAGGCAUAACCUGGGCUGCCCUGUUGGGUGUUGAGGGUGCCAUACAAGCCAAAUAUGAUGCCAUCGAUAAAGACACACCGAUUCCUACAGACAGACAAAUUGAAGUUGAUAUUCCUCGUUGCCAUCAGUAUGAUGAAUUGCUGUCAUCACCAGAGGGUCACGCAAAGUUUAGACGUGUAUUGAAGGCCUGGGUUGUUUCCCAUCCUGAUUUGGUGUACUGGCAAGGUCUUGACUCUCUUUGUGCACCAUUUCUCUACCUGAAUUUUAACGAUGAAGCUCUGGCGUAUGCCUGCAUGUCUGCUUUUAUCCCCAAGUAUUUAUAUAACUUCUUUCUGAAGGAUAAUUCUCAUGUUAUUCAAGAAUACCUGACGGUGUUUUCCCAGAUGAUUGCAUUCCAUGAUCCAGAGCUGAGUAACCACCUUAAUGAAAUUGGUUUUAUUCCAGAUCUAUAUGCCAUUCCUUGGUUUCUCACAAUGUUUACACAUGUCUUUCCUUUGCACAAAAUUUUUCACUUGUGGGAUACGUUACUGCUUGGAAAUUCCUCCUUCCCGUUCUGCAUUGGAGUUGCAAUACUUCAACAACUGAGGGAUCGUCUUCUGGCUAAUGGAUUCAAUGAAUGCAUUCUCCUUUUUUCAGACUUGCCAGAGAUCGAUAUUGAGCGUUGUGUUCGUGAGUCCAUCAACCUGUUUCGCUGGACGCCGAAGAGUGCCACAUACAGGCAAUAUGCACAGCCUCCACGGCAAGCCAGUGAGAGCAAUGGCACAAGAACUUCCAUGUCCUGCUUUUCAGCAGACUAUCAGGAAGCACCUCGAAGUGACCUA